AUGUCGGCCAAAAAUCGUGACUACGAUCCCAUGUCUGAUGAUGGUUAUGACAGUAAAAUUCCAUUACAUAAUGAUGAAGCAUUUCAACAUGGAAUACAAUAUGAUGCCAAAUUUAUUGGUUCAGUUGAAGUACCUAAACCAACAAGCAGAAUUGAAAUUGUUACUGCUAUGCGUCGUAUUCGUUAUGAAUUUAAAGCUAAAGCAGUAAAAAAACGUAAAGUUAAUUUAUUAAUAUCUGUCGAUGGUAUUAAAAAAGAUUUAUAUGCUGAUGAAAAUAAAUCUUUUUUAAUGCAACAUCCUAUCUAUAGAGUAUUUUAUGUAUCACAUGAUAGUCAAGAUUUGAAAAUUUUCAGUUUUAUUGCACGUGAUAAUGUUAAUAAUUCAUUUCGUUGCAAUGUAUUUAAAGCAAAUAAGAAGAAUGAAGCUAUGCGUAUUGUACGUACAAUUGGACAAGCAUUUGAAGUUUGUCAUAAAAUAGCAUUACAACAACGACAACAAGCAUCAUCAUCACCACUAGCACAAUCAACUAAUAACAAUAAUACUAAUCAAAUAUCUAGUCCAAUUAAAAUUAAUUCUAGUUCAUCAGAAAAUGAGUCAACUUGUAAACAAAUAAGUCGUGAAAUACUUGCACCUAAUAUGGAUCCAAUAGAAAAAGCAGAACGUUAUUUACAAAGUGUUCAAGCAUCUACAUCUCCAACAAUUACUGAAAGCAAACCAUUAAAUUUAUUUCAAUCUCAUUCAUCAAGUGAAUUUACACUUAAGCAUCAAAUGCAAUUUAUGCAAGAACAAAUACAACAAAUGCAAAAUGAAUCUGAAUUAGCAUUUAAUCAAAUUAAACUAAUUAAAGAUCAAUUAAAUAUUGAAAUAGCUGCUCGUAUUGAUGCACAAAAUAAAAAUACUCAAUUACUUCAACGAAAUCGAGAAUUAUUAACACAUAUUCAACAAUUAUUACUUUAUACAAAUGAACUUGAAAUGAAAUUAAUGAAUUAUAAUAAUGAUUCAAUAAAAAUUUUACCAUCACGUCCAACGGAUUUAUUUCUAUUACCAUCAUUAUUUUCAACAUUAACAUCAUCUAAUCAACAAUGUUUAUCAAGUGAUUCACCUGAUUCUGGUAAAGGAAAAGAAAUAUCAUCUGAAAGUAUAUCAGAACCAUUUUUACAACAAAUAAAUAAUUCAACAAAAACAUUUUCAAUAAAUAAUGAUUUAACAACAAUUAAUGAUAAUUCAAAUAGUCAACAACAACAACAACAACGUAUAUCUGCAUAUGAUUCAACAUCACCAUCAUUAUCAUCAUCAUCUCGUUCAUCAUCAACUUCAAUUAAAAUUUCAAAUAAAAAAAAAUCUCAACAAUCAAAUAAAAAUGAACAUCAUAUUUAUCAUAAAAAGAAAACAAAUGGUUCAUCAUCAUUUACAAAUUCGGCUUUUACACAGAGUCCACUUCGAACAGUAACAAAAGAAUUUGAUCCACUUAUUAAAUAA